UUUUUUGCCAGCCGUGGCGGACGCGGCGCGCGCGGCGCAACAGUCCGCAGAGCACGCGCCAAACGCUGUCACAAAUCGUGCGACGGCGACGCCGCGCACCGGUCGGCGCUGCGGUCGCUCACCAAAUAGCGUCGCGCUCGUCGCACGCCGCGCAUGGCGCCGCGCGCACGCCUGCCGCGCCUCGCCGCCGCGCUGCUCCUCGCGGCGGCGGCCCGCGCCAUGUCCGCCACGAAAAAGCGCAAGCAGAUCCAGAAGCUCAAGGAGCUGCGCGCGUCCGAGUGGGCGCACCGCCGCGCCGACAAGAGCGCCAAGAAGACCAUGUACUACGGCAUCCCCGACGAGUGGUCGCGGCGCGGCCACAUCGCCUGCUCCCGGGAGAUCGAUAGGGGCGGCGACUUCGUCGUCGCCGUCGCGUCCGACGCGCCCGACGCCGUGCCCAUCUUCGCGGCGAUCAACAGCACGGCGGCGAACACGCGGCGCCGGCGCUUGGACGUCGUGGCCUUCGUGGGCGCGGCGGCGGCCGGCGACCUCGAGCGGCUCGUGGAGGACCAUUUGAGACGCGAGGGGGCGACGCUCGACCUCCGCGUGAGCGUCUGCCGCGGGUUGGACGACCAGCUCCAGCUCCGGCCGGCCAUGCGCGCGCUGCAGAUGCUCGGCAACUCGACGCGCGUGAAGCGCAAGGAGCUGCUGUCGCCGUUCAACUUCGCGGCGUUCUACCUGCCGCACGUCCUGGCCCACGCGGCGCGCAUCCUGUACCUGGACACGGACGUCGUCGUGCGGGGCGACGUCGACGAGCUCGCGCGCAUGGAUUUGGGGGGCAAGCCGGCGGCGGCCGUCGAGGACUGCUCGCAGGUGCUGCGCAAGUACAUUGAUUUUCCCCUCGCGGAGGCGUACCGCGCGGCGACGGCGCGGCGCGUCGGCGGCCGCGCGUGCGCCGGGGACGGCUGCGAGCCCAUGCCGCGCGAGACGCCGGGCAACGCGACGUGCGUCUUCAACCGGGGCGUCGUGCUCUUCGAGGGCCGGGCCUGGCGGGCGCAGCGCCUCGCGGAGCGCAUCGAGCGCCUGGUCGUCGACUUCGUGCACAGCAAGGGCGCGCUGUUCCGCGCGGGCGUGUCGCAGCCGCCGUUCCUCCUCGCGCUCGCCGAGAACUACCACAAGCUGGACGGCGCGUGGAACGUGCGCGGCCUGGGGCGCGACGCCGUCGGCCUGCCCGAGUGGCGGGCCAUCGCGGCGAGCGCGCGGCGGGCCUUCGGCGGCUUCGCCGGCGUCGAGCGGGACCUCAUGCGGCGCAUGGCCGCCGUGGCGCGGCUGCGCGACGCGGCGCGCGCGGCGGCGCUCGCGCGCGGCGCGGCGACGCCCGCGGGCCGCGUCGCCAACCCCUACGCGCGCGGCGACCACUACCCGUACGUCUGCCCGCACGCGGCCUCGGCCAAGAUCCUCCACUUCAACGGCGAGGUCAAGCCCUGGCGCAUGGCGCGCGCCCAGGUCUCGCACCCGACGCCGGCCGAGGGCGCGCUCUGCCUCUGGGCGGACCUCGGCGCCGCGCGGCGGGCGCACCGGUGCGGCACGGUCGAGGCGUGCCUGACGUCGUGCGCCGGCGAGUGGCACCGGUACGUCGGCGGGCUCGGGCCGCUCGGGGAGCCGUGAGGGUCGGGGCGUGCCUGACGUCGUGCGCCGGCGAGUGGCACCGGUACGUCGGCGGGCUCGGGCCGCUCGGGGAGCCGUGAGGGUCGGGGCGUGCCUGACGUCGUGCACCGGCGAGUGGCACCGGUACGUCGGCGGGCUCGGGCCGCUCGGGGAGCCGUGAGGCUGUGGUUAAGUGACUCUAUGUAAGCAAGUUUCGAAACGAAGGGCUUAUCGCGCGCGGGAGGGAGGGAGGCGCGGGUCCGA